GGGAUGCAUGUUUUGUGAUCGAACGUGAGCAACGUUUGUGAUUGCCAAGAUGGACAAAAAGUCUUUUGAAACGGUGCUGGAUGAAAUUAGGAAGGCUGUUUUGACAGAGUAUAAAUUAAAAGCAAUUGAAUAUGUACAUGGAUAUUUCUCUAGUGAACAGGUGGUUGACUUACUGAGAUAUUUCUCCUGGGCUGAGCCUCAGUUGAAGGCAAUGAAAGCUUUACAACAUAAAAUGGUGGCCGUACACCCGGCAGAAGUGGUCAAUAUACUCAACUGUUUCACCUUCAGUAAAGACAAACUAGUUGCUCUUGAACUAUUAGCCUCAAAUAUUGUUGAUGCUCAGAAUUCUCGUCCCAUUGAAGAUUUAUUCAGGAUAAAUAUGUCUGAGAAGAAACGGUGUAAGAGAGUACUAGAACAGGCUUUCAAGGGGGGCUGCAAAGCUCCUCAUGCAAUGAUAUCUUCUUGUGGGACAAUCCCAGGAAAUCCAUAUCCCAAAGGAAAACCAAGUCGUAUCAAUGGAAUUUUUCCAGGAACUCCUUUGAAAAAAGAUGGUGAAGAAUGUACCAAUGAAGGCAAAGGAAUUGCUGCACGAAUUCUUGGGCCAUCAAAACCACCGCCUUCAACGUACAAUCCACACAAACCUGUUCCUUAUCCAAUACCUCCAUGUCGGCCACAUGCAACUAUUGCACCAAGUGCUUAUAACAACGCGGGUCUGGUACCGUUAGCCAAUGUCAUAGCUCCUGGUGUACCCCCUCCACCUCCAUAUACUCCUAAUCCAAUAGGAACAGAAAAUGAAGACGUUUCCAAUCAAUCAAAACCUCCACAGAAUCAAACGUUUCCUACCCCAGCAAGUCAGCUCUUUUCUUCUCCCCAUGGGUCGAACCCCUCGACGCCCGCUGCCACGCCCGUCUCUACGGCCUCCCCGGUCAAGACCGUCAGUCACCCGUCGGCGUCCGUAGUGGCCACGGCGCCUGGGAUGAACGUGCCAAGCGCCAUCCUUCCCGUGUUCGCGGGCCAGGUGUCCGUGGCCACCCACGUCCCGCAGCAGUCGGCGCCAAACCCCACCGUCAUCAGGGCCCCGUCCCUGCCCGCCGCGCCCGCCACCCCGGUGCACAGCACAGCCACCACGCCGGUCCCUUCGGCGCUCUCCAGCCUCGUGCCCCUGCCCGGGCCUUCGGCCGCCCCUUCCCCGGCCCCUCCGGCCGCCUCGACGCCGCGGGCCACCCCGGCUGCCCACGAGACCUUCGCUUCUACUUCGGCUCCUUUCGCCAACCUCCCCUUCUCGGCCACGUCCAGUGCCGCGCCUGCCACCCCCAGUUCAGCCUCGCUGUCGUCGGUGUUCGCAGGACUCCCCGUGCCCCUGACCCCCGCGUCCCAGGCGCUGUCCACGCCUACCCCGUCGGUGAUGACCAGCGCGUCUGGCCCGAGCAGCGGCGGGGUCGCCGCCGCCCUGGGGGUGAAUAGCCCCCUCCUGUCGGCCCUGAAAGGCUUCCUGACGUCCAACGACACCAGCCUCAUCAGCUCGACUGCGCUGCCGGCCGCCGUGACCAGCGGCCUAGCCCCGCUCGCCUCCCUGCAGGCCCCCAACGCCGACGCCCCUGCUGCUGCGGCUGCUGCUGCCACCGCCGCACCCAAGGGCUACGCGCCGGCCGCCGGGCCCGCCCCGCCGCGCUCGGCCACCCCGGGCCUGGCCGUGUUCCCCGGGCUGCCGGCCACCUCCACCCCGUCGUCCGCACCGGUGCAGGCGGCCCUCCCGCCCACCGCAGCCGCCUCCACCGCGCUGCCCGUCAGCGGCGGCGGCGGCGGCAGCGGCCCCCCGACGGCCCCCCUGUUGCACGGCUCCCACCCGAGCGGCUCCGAGCUGCACCUGCCCUCCACCCCCGUCCCCGCCGCCGCGGCUGCCACCACCCUGUCCAUCCUGAUCAAGACGGAGCCCACCAGCCCCACCCCGUCCGCCUUCAAGGGCCCCUCCCACCCCGCCACCCCCGCGCACGCCACUUUAGGGCUGUCGGGGACGCUGGGCCGCGCGUACACGUCGGCGUCCGUGCCCAUCAGCUUAGCGACUUGCCUUAACCCCGCCCUGGCAGGGCUCUCCACCCUGAGCGCCCCCCUGAACGUCUCGAACCCGCUCUCCUCCAUGGCCCUGCCGCCGCCGCACGGCUCCUCCACGCCCAUGGCACCCGUCUUCCCCGCGCUGCCCCCCUUCACCUCCCUGACCAGCAACUUCCCGCUCACCGGGAACCCGGCGCUCAACCCGCCCGUGUCUCUGCCGGGGUCGCUCCUGGCCACCUCGGCCGCCGCUGCCACCACCGCCACGUCCCUGCCGCACCCCGCCGCCUCCACCGCCGCUGUGCCCGUGUCCGCCGCCCCGUUCCCGCUCAACCUGUCCACGGCCGUCCCCUCGCUCUUCUCCGUCACCCAGGGGCCCCUGCAGGCCUCGACUCCCUCCUACCCCGGCUUCUCCGUCUCCAACACCCCGAGCGUCACCCCGGCCCUCCCCUCGUUCCCCGGCCUGCAGGCUCCAACCACGGUGGCCGCGGUGACCCCGCUCCCCGUGGCCGCCACGGCCCCGUCGCCAGCUCCCGUCCUGCCGGGGUUCGCCUCUGCAUUUAGCUCCAACUUCAACUCCGCGCUCGUGGCACAAGCCGGCUUAUCAUCUGGACUUCAAGCUGCAGGCAGUUCUGUUUUUCCAGGCCUUCUGUCCCUCCCAGGGAUCCCUGGGUUUUCCCAGAAUCCUUCGCAGUCAUCCUUGCAAGAAUUACAACACAAUGCGGCUGCACAGUCAGCUUUGUUACAGCAGGUCCACUCUGCUUCGGUUCUGGAAAGCUACCCAGCUCAGCCAGAUGGUUUUCCUAGUUACCCUUCAACACCAGGAACACCGUUUUCUUUGCAACCUGGCCUAUCCCAAAGUGGGUGGCAGUGAAUCUGUUCUAACUUUGUAUUCUGCUCCGUAACAACAUCAGAAUUGCCCGAGCACUGCAGUAAAGGACAUUCUGAGAGAUGUGGAGUUGGCCAUGAGUUUAAAAAAGAAGAAGAAGAGACUGCAGAUAAUCCUAGGGAAUUGAAAUAACGGUUUUCAAAUCGCAUUUUUAAUGAAGGUUUUAAAUAUGAACACUCCCCAGUGUAAAUAAGCCGACAAUAAAUUGUGCGGAGGAUAGUUUUAAGGUGUUUGGGAACUUUUCACCUCCCAUCCUAUCAAAGUUUGAGAUGUGUAUGUGAUCUAUGUAAGAAGAAUAUGAAAGAGGAGAUUGAACUCUUUAUAACCGAAUACAGCCUUAAAUCUGCUUGUAUAGCAUCCACUGACAGAGUAAUAGUUGUGCCUCAGACUUAAGGGUUGCAUGUGGCCCUGAGGGAGUCAUUACCAUUGGUAUGCAUGAAUGGUUCCUUCAAGCAUCACUGGAACACAUUACUCCAUAUGUAUCCACAAAAGGAUCUCGAGAACACAGUUAUUUUACUAAUCAUGAUAUAUAUAUGUAUAUAUAUAAACAUAUAUGUAUAUAUAUACACACAUAUAUAUACGUAUACUGCUGAAGUUAACUCAAUGUAUUUCAGGUAAGUGAAAAUGGUGCUUAAUAUAGUCUUUAGAAUGACUUUCAGGUGUUUUCAACUCAAUAUAUAUAUAUGUGUGUGUAUAUAUGCAUAUAUAUACAUACAUAUAUGUGUGUAUAUAUCCAGAACUGCUUUACUACAGAAAUACAAGUAAGGUUUCUGAUCAUUUGCCUUCAAAACUUUAAUUAAUCUCAGCAGUAUCCAAAUGAGGGAGGAACAUGUGACUGACCCUUGGGCCAUCUCUAUUACUCCGCGUUCUCUGGAAGCUCUUGGUGAAUGUUUACAAUCAUGGGACAUAGGAUUUCUACUUACAGGGAAAGUGGAAGCUUAUCUAAGAUAAUUCUGUGACAGCAAACGGAGAAGACUUGCUCUGUUAGUAAACCUGCAGUGUAUACUCAAAGGACCUGUGGUAGUAUAACCUGAUUGAAUGUUAUUAAUUUAAGUGGAAUAACUGCCACAUGUGGGAUGGUGGGGGAGUGGGAAGAAAAACUUCCAAUCCUGUAAUGGAGAGUGUGAACUAUAGAAUCUACUGUAGUACAUUUCAGCACCUAGAAAUUUUACUUUUAUAAAGAUGGCGUCUGAAAGAUGUUGCUAAUGUAUUUUCCUUCACUGUGGGGAACAAACUUUUUAAGUAUAUUAAUAAAUAUUCCUGUAUGGUUAGUUUUUAACAAUUUUUUAAAAUAAACUUUAUGGAUAUGACAAAUA